GUGGUUUUACGGGGGGACGUGCGAAGCGCCGGUAACUUGUCCCUGACGCGGAGGCGUCUGGGAAAUGCCGAGCUGGUGUGGGCUCCGUCCUCCGUCCACCCCGCGGUAGUGUCGGGAAGGCGGCCGAAUUUUCCGGGGAUAGUGUGGUUCUCGUGACGGCGGCGGCCCUGGUCCGCGGAGGUGCGGGCUCUGGUCCGCCCGGCCCGGGCCUCGGGGCCAGGGAGGGCCCGCCGGAACUCAGGACACUACUCUUCUUUAAGACAAGAGCCUGAAAAGAGGACUGUGUUGACUAUUGGAAAUUGCAAAGCCAUGUUCCAGGUGACAUUUAGUGAUGUGGCCAUAGACUUCUCUCAUGAAGAGUGGGGAUGGCUAGAUUCUGCUCAGAGGGAUUUAUACAAGGAUGUGAUGGUCCAGAAUUAUGAGAACCUGGUUUCUCUAGCAGGUCUUUCCAUACCUAAGCCGUAUGUGAUCAGUUUAUUGGAGGAUGGGAAAGAACCUUGGAUGGUGCAGAAGAAACUGUCAAAAGAUUGGGAAUCAAGAUGGGAAAACAAGGAAUUAUUAAUGAAGGAGGAUAUUUAUGAUGAAGAUUCACCCGAAAUGGUAAUAAUAGAAAAAAUUACAAAACAAAGUCAUGAAUUCUCAAAUUUUAACAAGGACUGGGAAUUUAUAGAGGCGUUGGAGGGGAAGCAUGAAAAUCAGAUAGAACAUUUCAGUCCUGUGACCCUCACCUUUAGAGAAAGUCCCACUGGGGAAAGUAUUCACAAAUUCAGAAGCAUCCUCCAUUUAAAGUCUAUUCUUUCUGAACCACAAAGAAUUUCUGCUGAAGGGAAAUCACAUAAACAUGAUAUAUUUAAGAAGAGCUUACCAAAAAAACCUGUUAUAAAAAAUGACGAUAUCAAUGGUGGGAAGAAACUUUUGAAUUCUAAAGAAAGUGUGGCAGCCUUCAGCCAGAGCAAAUCUCUUACCCUUAACCAUUCUUAUAAUAGAGAGAAAGUCUAUACAUGCAAUGAAUGUGGGAAAGCCUUUGGCAAGCAAUCCAUCCUUAAUCGCCAUUGGAGAAUUCAUACCGGAGAGAAACCAUACGAAUGUCAUGAAUGUGGGAAGACGUUUAGCCAUGGCUCAUCCCUAACUCGACAUCAGAUAAGUCACAGUGGAGAGAAACCUUACAAAUGUAUUGAAUGUGGGAAGGCCUUUAGCCAUGUGUCAUCACUUACUAAUCAUCAGAGUACUCACACUGGAGAGAAACCGUAUGAAUGUAUGAACUGUGGAAAGUCGUUCAGUCGUGUUUCACAUCUCAUUGAACAUCUGAGAAUUCAUACUCAAGAAAAACUCUAUGAGUGUCGAAUAUGUGAGAAGGCCUUCAUUCAUAGGUCAUCUCUCAUUCACCAUCAGAAGAUUCACACUGGAGAGAAACCUUAUGAAUGUAGUGAAUGUGGAAAAGCCUUUUGCUGUAGCUCACACCUUACUCGACAUCAGAGAAUUCACACUGUAGAGAAACAGUUCGAAUGCAACAAAUGUCUGAAAGUCUUUAGCAGCUUGUCAUUUCUUAUUCAGCAUCAGAGUAUUCAUAAUGAAGAAAAACCUUUUGAAUGUCAGAAAUGCAGGAAAUCCUUCAACCAGCCAGAAUCACUGAACAUGCAUUUAAGAAAUCACACUAGAUUGAAACCUUAUGAAUGCAGUAUAUGUGGGAAAGCAUUCAGUCAUAGGUCAUCCCUACUUCAACAUCACAGAAUUCACACUGGAGAGAAGCCCUAUGAAUGUAUUAAAUGUGGGAAGACCUUCAGCUGUAGUUCAAACCUUACUGUACAUCAGAGAAUUCAUACUGGAGAAAAGCCAUAUAAAUGUAAUGAGUGUGGGAAGGCUUUUAGCAAAGGUUCAAAUCUUACUGCCCAUCAGAAAAUCCAUAAUGGAGAGAAACCCAGUAGUGCAAUAAGCGUGGAAAAACCUUUAGGCCAUAUGAAUCUUUCUAUGUGUGAAAAAUCAUAUAAGUGAGAAACUGUAUGAAUGCGAUAUUUGUCAUAAUACACUUAGCCAUAGAUCCUUCCUGAAAAUUUAUACUGGAGAAAAGUCUUUUGAAUGUAAUGAAUGUGGGAAGGUCUUUAGCAGUAAUACAAGCCUUACUGUCUAUCACAGUUCACACUGUAGAGAGAAUGUUUAUUGCCUUCAUAAAGGCAAUAAAUACGGGAAAGCCAUUAGCCACUGUUAAUCCCUUAAUUGACAGAAGUAAGUACACACAGGAGAAAAACCCUAUAUAUGUAGCAUAUGGGAAAGACAUUAGGCAAUAUGAAUCUCUUAUUGAACACAGGAGAGAAGCAAUAUGAAUAUAAAAAUUGUGGGAAGUCCUUCAGUGAAAGUGUAUCCCUUAUUCUGUCUCAAUUCACACUGGAGAGAAAGCUUGUAUGAGAAAUGUAGCAAACUGUUCAUUGCGUUAUCUUGCUAGACCUCACAAGAUUAAUGCUAGAACAGCCUGAAGGACGUAGGAGUUAUGUGUAAAUCUUUCUUUACAAUGAUGUUAUUUGUAAGCAGUUCUACAGGAGAGCAAAUGAGUAGAUUAUAAAUGAAUAUGCAUUUCUUAUAGCAAUAGCAAACAAUUUUACUCGAGUCCUGCAUAGAAGUUUCUUUAGCUAAUGGGCAUGUGAAGAUAAUUUAGUCACCCAGUGGAUCCAGGAAAUGUUUUAAAGUUAAAAAUUAAAGCUGCGAAAGAAGUAAAAGGUGGUGUGAAUAAAGUUUUUGGUCUCUAAUAAAAUCAGUUUGUAUAUAAUGAACUCUUUCACUGUGACACUGAUAUUUCUUGCGAAGCUUUUUACUUUCCUCUUGAAGCAUUAAGCCUUCCUGUGUGCUUUAGCGGGAGACUAGCUAAGCUAGAGAAAAAUGGCUUGAUCUCUGUGCUAAGAAUAUCCUUAUUUUCGUGAAGAUAAUUCACAGUCCAUUUCCAGUUGGCUUAAUUCACACAUUUUAAUUUUUACCAGUGCAGUGAGAACAUAGCCAAGAAACAACAAACUAUGAAAGAUCAGAGCAGGCUUAAUGGUGGAUGUGCUUUUCAAUCUGAAUCUUAAAGGAUGAGUACUAAUUACCUGUGUGUGGGCACAUACACUCUGGGAGUCGUUCUAGGCAAAGUACACGGGCCUGUUCUGUCAUGUUAACUCUAUCUGGACUCCAUGAUCCAGAGUCUAGUUUCAGUGCUUUGUGGCUUUAAGGUAUCCCUGCUGGGAGCAUGACUGAUAACAGCAAAAGUCAUUUCUCAAACCUGGAUCAUAGUUACGGGAGUUUACAUUGAAAUUAAUAGUACAGAGCUGUCGCCAUUACCCUUCCUCCAGCCUGCCUACCAAGUUUGAAAACAGCUACUUGUAAUAUGUGCCUUCUUGAAAUGCUCGAGAGGCAUUUUAUUUUCUACACUGAACCUUGACAGGUAAUUACGGUUUGUAAAGGGGCUGGCUUCAAGUAGUCUUAAGUUUUAGAUAAAUGGAAUAAUCUUGCUUGUCUUAUGGUUUCCUGUCUUGUGACUAGAAGGAUAGUACAGAAUCCUGUCUGGGUUGGAUUAGGACUGUCUGGACACUUGGGAGUAAACGGCACUUAUAUAGCUUAUAUUUCAGGUUAUGCUCUCUAUGGUGUUUCGUGUCAUAAGAAAGAAAUUAUUUUAAAAAGUAUUAUAUCACAUGUAAUUGUGAUGUGGAAUGAGUGAUAGGGGUUCCAACUUUAGACAAAAUACUCUAGUGUAUGUGCAACCCUAACAAAGCCAAGAGAUGAAGGCACAUUCCAUAGCAAUUCUCAAUAGAGAUAGUAGAUUUGGAAUGGGAUGGUGAGUUUUUAAAAAGCAGACAUUUAUCUUUCCUUUGAUUUAGUUUUAUUUAAGACAUUGUAAAAUUCUAAGGAAUGUUGAAGGAUCUUUGAGAGACUUAAGCACAGCAUGAUGUCAAGGUUUAAGAACUGUUAUAAUUAUGGAUAGAUUGGCCACUAUAUAUGUACAGUUGUGGGAUAAUGGCAAGUGUUCUGUUUCUCCCAUUCUUUGUCCUUCCUCCUGUCUCAAGCACUGGUACCACACAGUUGAAGUAGUACUUUAAUCCCUAGAUUUUAUUUGCUUUCACUACAUGUAGUUUGAUGUUACCUUGUUAUUUUGUUAUGAGAGGAUUCAUCCAAAUAUUCAAACUUUGAAUGAAUUAAACACAUACAAUUAAAAAGCAUAAGCAUGGGGCGCCUGGGUGGCGCAGUCGGUUAAGUGUCCGACUUCAGCCAGGUCACGAUCUCACGGUCCGUGAGUUCGAGCCCCGCGUCGGGCUCUGGGCUGAUGGCUCAGAGCCUGGAGCCUGUUUCCGAUUCUGUGUCUCCCUCUCUCUCUGCCCCUCCCCUGUUCAUGCUCUGUCUCUCUCUGUCCCAAAAAUAAAUAAAGGUUGAAAAAAAUAAAAAAUAUAAAAAGCAUAAGCAUGCACAUGAUAACGUUUUACAAUUCUUGGUUUAAAGCGCCUUCACAGUGAUACUGUGGUUCAGGUUGUGCAGAUUGUUGUGUUAAUCCUCAUACCGGUUUUCUAGCAAGAUAGUUUAAUGUUGAUCUGGCUGCACUUCAGGGACGAGAGACACACAAAAAAACUUCCAUGCUGUUCUGCCAUCUUGGCCCCUCUCUUCACAGUGAUACUGAACUAGGAAAAGAAAGCCAGAGUUAAAUCAAGACAGUGAGGACUUAAAGUGGUGAGAGUGUAUUACCUUGUUGCAGAUUGGGCUAAGAUCAUGAUGUUACAGUGUCACUGAUGGAGAAUCCUACUCCAUCAUUUCUGUUAACCAUUUCUUGAGCAUCUGUGGGCCAGGUAAAUAAAAGACACUCUAUACCUUUCAAGAGCU